UUGGUGGUUUAGCACGGAGGAAGGUAGUCUAGUACUGGUGUAACUCUCCAGGAAACUACCCGCCUAUAUGACUGAAAUACUGUUGGGAAAAGGCGUAAAAUGAAACAAACAAACAAACAAUCUUAAUAAAAUCGAAAAAAAGUGUUAGAUGCAGCCUUUCUCUCAUCACAUUAUCACUAAAAUCUCUUCCUUUCUUUUAUCUACAUUUAUUAUAUAAUUUCAGAAUAUAUUGGAUUUUUACAGAGAGACAGACUAUAUCUUUCACUGCCACGUUAUCUGGCUAACAGACUUUAUGAUGAACCUGGAAGACUAUAUUCAAUAUAAAGCAGCGCUUUCACUUUGGAGAUAUGUUCCACCUUUCCUCAUAGUAUUUGGAAUAACUGGCAAUGUUUUAACUAUCAUAAUAUUACUACAAAAACAUCUGAGGAAUUCAGCAACUUCGACGUUUCUUGUAACUUUGGCUAUAUCAGAUAUUCUUGCUCUUAUCACAGGUUUAGUUCGACAAUGGGUUAAAUACACGUUUAAAGUUGAUAUUAGAGAAGAUCUGACGGUAACUGGAUGUAGGAUACAUUGGUUUGUAGUUUAUGUCGUCACACAAUUUUCUUCAUGGAUGCUUAUUUGUGUUACACUUGAACGAAUUAUAAGCACUUUUUUGCCGCAUACUCGCCGCGUGUUCUGCAAACAAAGAAAUGCAUCCAUUGCUGUUGCCGCUAUAUUUCUGACCCUCUGCCUUUUAAAUAGUCACUACCUUUUCGGGUAUGGUGAUAAAUACAAUGGAAACCACACAAUCAUUGAGAGGUGCGUUCCAAUGGAAGAUAAUUACACGCAUUUCAUCAGUUAUUCAUGGACUUGGAUUGACUUGUGUGUCUUUUACCUCAUCCCAAUGUUGUUUCUUCUAAUUGGUAAUAUGAUGAUUAUAUUUAAAGUAUUGGAUAGUCACCGUCGAAGUCGUCGUGCUGUCGUUCCAUCAACAAAUGUUCCAUCAACCACUGCAACACAACGAAACAAAACCUCCAGUUUGACUGUUUUACUUAUGCUCGUUAGUGCAUUGUUUAUUAUUUGCAUUACACCAAUUGUUGUUUAUCCUAUUGGAGAACCAUAUUGGAUACAGGGUGCAUCUGAACAACGACUGGCUACAAUGUUUCUCAGUAAUGCUCUUGCAAAUUUGUUGAUGUACUCCAAUCACUCAGUCAAUUUUGUGCUUUAUUUUCUGAGUGGUUCGAAAUUUCGGAGCGAGGUUCGCAAAGUUAUAUCUUGUAAAAGAAGACAGGUACAAGUGGCACCUCAUCAAGGUACACUGACAAGAUCAGUUAGUAGGGUAGUUUCAUAACGAAAUCUUUUAACAAUCAGUCAACUGUUUAUUUAUAACUAUCAUGGAUAUUUAUUGUUUUCCAUAUUUCAAAAACUGGUUUUCCUUUAAAAGAUAUUCAAGAUAAGUUUGGUUCUUUUCAAUCCUGAUUCUUUACUGUCAAGGUACAGAAAUUCACCAAAAAAAGGCAUGACUUAAGCAUUCCUUUUGACCAUUAAGAACAAAUUAUGCAAUGUUACUAGCUUAUAUUUAUUCAUUAGAACAAAACAUUCGUAUCUGG